AAGGCGUCGUAUGCUGUUGGGUCUUGUAUCGUUGAUGGCUGGGUCGACCACUGGUGUACCGAUGUCUCCUGGGUAUGGCGGAUACCAAACCGCAAUGCCGCUGCCUUACUACCCAAGAGCAACUAACGCAACGACCAGUUACUGCACCGAGAUCUCCAAGUACUACACCAGUAAGGCACCGGAGUUUCAUACCACAAUUUACGCUGCCCCGAGCCACUCCACUGACGCCCUGAAGUAUUACUCUGCCCCGAGUUACUACACCACCAAGGCGACGGAGCAUGACUAAGCAUGCUGCCCAAUCCUACUACACCGAGGCUCCCAACUGCUACACCGAGGCUCCCGCCGGUAAAGUACUACUCUUUCCCGAUCUACACAACCACAACUGAGGCGGACAAGGAUGACGCAGUUCCGACUUGCUACACCGAAGCUUCUCUUUCGUGCUACGUUGAUCAGAAAUACUACACUGAUGCUCCAGUUCACUACACCACGACCUACGCUACACCGCAGCCUCCAAGUACUACAUCGAAGAAGCUGCCUAUUACACAACAACGUAUGCUGCCUAGUUUACUACACCGAGGCUCCCAAGUACUACAUCACUAGGGCACAGGAAAUCUACACGUCUAUGUAUGCUGCCCCUUCCUACUACACCGAGGCGCCGCAUUACUACAACACUGAAGCUCUUAAGUACUACACUACAACCUACGCUGCCCCGAGCUACUACACCUACGUCCCGAAGUAUUACUGAGCGUAAAAGGAGUAGUAAAAAAAAAAAAGUCGGUCCCCGAACUGCAGUGCCCUAUCUGUCACCAACUGCAUUCCUCAUCUUGUAACCGAUUCGCCAUUAUGGACAUCUAUGGCGUCGUGCUCAUGUUGGGUGUUGUAUCGUUGAUGGUUGGGUCGACCGCUGGUGUAGCAAUGUCUCCUUGGUGUGGCGGAAACCAAACCGCAACGCCGCCGCCUUCCUACACAACUUACGCAACGACCAGUUCCUGCACCAAGGUCUUCAAGUACUACACCACUAAAGCACCGGAGUUUUAUACCACAACUUACGCUGACCCGAGCCACUACACUGACGUCCUGAAGUAUUACUCUGCCCCGAGUUACUACACCACCAAGGCGACGGAGCAGGACUACGCAUCCUACCUCAUUCUACUACACCAAGACUCCCAGCUGCUACACCGAUGCUCCCGCUGAUUACUCCACCAAAACGGUUGAAUACUACACCGAAGCGUUUAAGUACUACUCUGCCCAGAUCUACAAAACCACAACUGAGGCGGCCAAGGAUGACGCAGUUCCGACUUGCUACACCGAAGCUUCUCUUUCGUGCUACGUUGAACAGAAAUACUACACUACCAGUUCACUACACCACGACCUACGCUACACCGCAGCCCCCAAGCACUACAUCGAAGAAGCUGCCUAUUACACAACAACGUACGCUGCCCAGUUUACUACAUCGAAGAAUUUAAGUAUUAUCCUGCUCCAAACUACUACCAAACUGAGGUUCAUAUUUAUUGCAAUUCUCCCGAAUCCUGAUUAUGUCACCACUACUCACGCUGCUCCGACCUUUACACCGAAGUUCUGAAGUAUUUCUCUGGAUGUGUUGAAAGAUUGCUGAAAUACAAGAUGGAUUGAUAAAUAACAA